AUGCAGCCGGGCCUGACUGUGGGCAGCCCGGUGAUGACUCGUGGAAUCACCGGAGACCGGAUCUCCGCCGCUCCCCGCUUCCCCCCUACGCCGGCGCCGGCCACCUCCCCUCUGCGCAUCCGCGCCCCCUCCUCUCUCCGUUGCUAUGGCGACCCCGCUCACCGCCCCCCCCCCCGGGGUUGCCAUGGCGAGCGUGAGCGGCUGGUGCGCGGUGCGUCUGACCCGAUUCCUCCAUCCUGCCUUGGCCGCGCCAUGGAGAAUGAGCAGCUCCCAGCUCCGGCUCCUGCCAGCAGCGCCAGUGGCACGGCCCCAACGCCCGCCAGCACCACAGCCACGCGUCCGCCCGGGCCCCAGAUCUCCGUCUACAGCGGCAUCCCUGACCGCCAGACCGUGCAGGUCAUCCAGCAGGCGCUGCACCGGCAGCCCAACACGGCAGCACAGUACCUGCAGCAGAUGUACGCGGCACAGCAGCAGCACCUCAUGCUGCAGACGGCUGCACUCCAGCAGCAGCACCUCACCAGCGCCCAGCUCCAGAGCCUGGCCGCUGUUCAGCAGGCAAGCCUGGCGGCAAACCGGCAAAGCGGCUCCUCAGGGGGCAAUGGCACCCAGCCAGCCCCGGCACAGCAGCCCACGAUCAACCUGGCGACGUCGCCGGCGGCGGCACAGCUGCUAAACCGGGCACAGAGUGUGGCGCCUGGGGCGUCAGGCAUCGCUCAACAGGCUGUACUGCUGGGCAACACUGCCUCACCUGCCCUCACUGCCAGCCAAGCCCAGAUGUACCUGCGGGCACAGAUGCUCAUCUUCACGCCCACGGGCCCCGUCAGCACUGUCCGGCCUGAGAGCCCUGCGCCGGCCCCUCCACCGGCCCCGCCACCUGCCCCACCACCCACCACCCCUCAGGUGCACAGCCUGGCCCUGCGCCCCGCCGGCCCCCACCUCCCCGCCCUGGCCAUGAAGCCCCCUGGGGGUGCCCCUCCCCGGGCUGGCCCCCCCCGGGGGCCCCCGCCCGACCCCCCCGCCGAGCACCUCAAAAAGGCCGAGGGGCACGAGGGCCGCACCCAUGCCCUGGCCCGCGCCACCGCCCCUGCUGCCACCCACCCGCUCGUCACCCCAGCCUAUGCCCCGCUGCAGCCCCCCCAGUUCAUGCAGCAGCCGCCGAAGCCGAUGCAGUCGCAGCCUCCACCGCAGCAGCAGCAGCAGCACCCUGGCCCAGCCCCCCAACCCAAAACGGGGGUCCCCCAGGGAGCAGGGGGCGAGGGCGGCCCCCCUAAUGGGCACCCUGGCUGCCACGCUGCCCCCCGCAAGUUCCAGCACGCCUCGGCUGUCAUCCUGCAGCUGCAGCCCGCCGGCCCCACGCCCUCCCUCGGGGUCCUCGAGGGCGCCCGCCGGGACCCGCUGCCCGUGCCGAGGAGCACCGAGAGCCCGUCUGCCGCCCCGCCGCAGCCCCCCGCCCUCUCGCCGCCCGUCGCCCCCCCGGGCCCCGACACCCCCGAGGGCGAGCGGCCCCUCACGCACGGUAAGUCCCCGCCCCGCUCCCACAGGCACCCACUCAUGGGGUGA